AUGCAGAUCUUUGUCAAGACUCUUACCGGCAAGACCAUCACCCUCGAGGUCGAGUCCUCCGACACUAUUGACAACGUCAAGGCCAAGAUCCAGGACAAGGAAGGCAUUCCUCCUGAUCAGCAGCGUCUCAUCUUUGCCGGAAAGCAGCUCGAAGACGGCCGCACCCUUUCGGACUACAACAUCCAGAAGGAGUCGACCCUUCAUCUCGUACUCCGUCUCCGCGGUGGUAUGCAGAUCUUUGUCAAGACCUUGACAGGCAAGACAAUCACCCUCGAAGUUGAAUCUUCGGACACCAUCGACAACGUCAAGGCCAAGAUUCAGGACAAGGAGGGCAUCCCACCUGAUCAGCAGCGACUCAUCUUCGCAGGAAAGCAGCUCGAGGACGGCCGCACCUUGUCGGACUACAACAUCCAGAAGGAGUCCACCCUCCACUUGGUGCUCCGCCUCCGUGGAGGCGCCAAGAAGCGAUGCCAGAACGGCGCAGGCUCUGAGGGUCAGUGCAAAGACGCAGCCAUCAACCUGGUCGGAGAAUGCCCCCACUGCAGCCUCAAGUUUUGCGGCAAGCACCGUUUGCCCGAACAACACAAGUGCGCACAGGUAGAGCAGGUGCGCAACGCCGCUUUCGCUGCCAACAAGGCCAAGCUGGAGAGUGAGCGUACGCAAGCCACUCGUGGUCUCGCUCAUUGA